AUGGCCGCAUCAAUAGAGGGUGGUGAUGGAGACAAUAAGACCUCGGCCACCACGGUGGAGAAGAAGAGGCAGAGCGGUAGCGGCUGGGCAAAAAAAUGUUCACAUUCGUCACAGGCAAAUGACGCUCAUCAUGGAGGAGGGGGAAACAUUGCCCAAUCGAACGCCGCUGCGGCGUCCUCCGCCGGUCUUGCGACUUCUUGCUCGGAGGGAAGGGACAGAAAGCACCACCGCCGACGCCACCGUCAUCGUCACGGGUCCAAGGGUGCUACAGGGGUCAAAGCCAACAAGCACAACACCCACGGCGCGGACACAGCCUCGGAUACGGAGGCUGGAGGACAAGAGGACAAGCUCAAGCUGCUCGUGGAGUUCAUACCCUAUGUGGGACUCGGCGACGCCACGCGAGACAACAUGGUACGCUCCAUACUCAGUGCUGCCGACGCGGAGGAACUUGCUGGAAGGGACGACUAUGGCAACACACUCCUCAUCCUCGCUUGUCAGUACCGGUGCAAGGCCCUCGUUCCACUCAUCUUGGCGAGGGGCGGCGGCGCCAUUGACGUUGACGCGGUCAACUCUGAGGGUGCUUGCGCGCUGCACUUUGCAUGCUAUAAGGAUAGCGUUUGUGCGCAGACGGCCGUGCUAUUGUUAGAGCGCGGGGCUGAACCCGAGGUUGUGGAAAAAACCUACGGGUGCACGCCGCUGCACUAUGCAGCGGGGGCAGGGGACGUGAACCUCUGCAAGCGGCUAAUAGAGAAAGGGGCCAAGGUAAAUACUUGGGAUUUGUACCAGUACACCGCCGUCGACUACGCCAAGCAGUCCGGGGCGACAGACUGUGUGGACUAUCUGGAGGAAGCUUCGGCACCCGGAGCUAGCUCCACAGCCACCAUCAAGUUCUCCACCGGGCGUGGGGGGAUCGUGACGAGCUCGGGGGUAGAGGCAUCGUCGACCAGUUUCGUCCGCGAAGACAGCUUCGACACCGUAGACGGCGACGACUUUCGCCCACAAGUGAAUACCACUGGUGCUAUUGCCACUGGGUGGCUGGGAAUGGUGGGCCGGCAGCCGAGCGCCUUCCACGAAGGCUUCGAAACGGGAGGGGAGGACGACGGGGAGGGCUUCUGGGGGAGGCAGUGCGACCCUGAUUCCGGGAUGGCCUACUACCUGAACGAAAAGGUGGUUACUGGAGAGAGCAUGUGGGAGAAGGACCUGCUGGCGCAGGCGCAGGCUCUCCGCAAGGAGGCUGGCGACGAGAAUCCCUCGCCACACCUGCAGCAGUGGCUGAGGCAGCAGACGCACAAGGCGCGCUUGAUCGCCUUCCUGGGGCGGCAUGACCCCCUCAAACUCAUGCAGGUCGAGGGGGCGGCGAGAGGAUUCCGCGACCACAAGGUCGCCACCGCUGCCCCUUCCCCACCAAUCCCAUCCACACCUACCAACAACAACAAUGACUCAUCAUCAUCCUCGCCACCGCUUUCACCAUCCAAAGACACAUCAGCAGUAGCGGUAGCAAUAGACUCGCUGCUCGUCGGGGGGGGAGCGGGAAGGCUGGCAGGCGGGGGAGGGAGACCGCCAACUGCUCCGGUACAGAAGCCGGGGAUGCGGACGGGGGCAAGAACGUCCACUACACUGCAGUCUACCCGGAGCGCGAAGGAGCUGGUGGGGACUGCCAGCUCGGGCAAGGUGAAGGCGUUUCACCUACAGGGCGGACUGCUGGUCCCGACGGCACCGGCCCAGCUGUCCGCUGAAGACUUGAAACAUCUGCAGGAACAAGCUCAAAAGGUCAACAACGAUACCGCAACUAUCCUGUUCGCACCUUCGACUUCCUUUUCUCUCCUCCGUUGUGGUUGCCGACGAAACUCGACGGCGCCCGAAAAACACUGCCAGCGUCUGGACGACGUGAAGGCAGCGCACGAAGAAACAAUGGAGGCGGAACGCAAGCUGCACAGGGACAAGACAGCGGAGGGCGAGGGAACCAUCGCCCGGAUGGAACACGACCUCGAAGAGGCCGCCUCGGAGGAAGAGAGGCUACGGUCAAACAUUAAGGAGCAGAGGCAGCUGGCGGAGACUCUAGAACGUCAGUUGCAAGAGAAGCUUGCGAUUCAAUCGGGGGAAGUGAAAGUCCUGUCUGAGGAAGCAGCGGCGUUGAGGAACGAGCUCAAGACAGUCGCAGAGGAAGCACAGGCGCUCUCCGACGUGGUAGACAGGGAACAGUCCGGGGCGGCCGCGGCGGCGGAAUCGAGCCGCCGAGACAUGGAAAUGAAGGCCAAGGAGGAGUCCGAUCUCGUACACGAGUGUCAGGCGUCGGUGGCGGCGGCAAAGAGCGACGCGGAACGCGCCCGGCGCGAGUUCGCGGCGCGGCGCCAAGCGGAGCAGCAGAACAUUUUGGACAGGCUGCGCGAGCAGCUCUCGCUCCUGCAAAAGGAGCUCGCCGCAGCCAAGGCCAAGGCCGCAACAGAUAUCAGUCGAGCACAGAGUGACGCCGCCGCCGCAAUAAGCAAAGCGAAAGCCACCGCCGCAUUGGAGGCUACAGUGUCCGAGCAAAGAGAGAAGAUGAGAGCUGAGCUAGAGAGGGCGACCCUCACAGCGGAACGGAACGGUUUGCUUCAGGGGCUUAUAAUGAGCGAGUCAGAGAGGAGAAAAAAGCUGCACAACAAGAUGGAGGAUCUCAAGGGCAAGAUUCGAGUGUACGUUCGGGUCCGGCCUUUCAGCAGCAAGGAGAAGGCCCGCGGCUGUACGCAGGCGGUAUCGGCGCAGGGCAAGUCUACCAUAGCGGUGCAAGACCCCAGGGUAAAGGAGGAGAAGACGUUCGACUUCGAUCAGGUGUGGUCGGGAACGGAGGAGCAGGGCAACAACCAAGUAAACAUCUUCAAGGACACCGGCUACCUCGUUACGUCCACCGUCGACGGCUACAACGUCUGCAUCUUCGCGUACGGCCAGACCGGGUCCGGCAAGACGUACACCAUGUUCGGCGCGGGCGGGAUCGGCGGCGGGGUUAACGCCGACGAAGGGGUGUGCGACGGGACCGCGGGGGUGACGCCUCGCGCGGUGUUGGAGCUCUUCCGCGUGCUCAAGGAAAGGGAGGGGCAGUACGAGUACAGCGUCAAGCUGUCCAUGUUCGAGCUGUACCGAGACGGUCUGCGGGACCUGCUCGCCAAGAAGGGGAGCCACACGAAGCUGGUCAUCAAGCUGGCCGAACAUAGCGGCACGGGCCUGGUGGUGGUAGAAGGGGGGGUUGAGAGAGAAGCGAACGACAUCAAGACGAUGAUCGACGUCAUUCAGCUCGGGGCAGAGGGGCGUACGGUGUCCUCGACGCAGAUGAACUCGGACAGCUCCCGGUCUCACCUCUUGUGCUCGAUCGUGGUAACCUCUACCAACCGUCGAACGGGGUCUUCCCUCCGAGGGAAGCUCACGCUGGUCGACCUCGCGGGUUCAGAGCGGGUGGGAAAGUCCGGAGCCUCGGGGGAUCAGCUCAAAGAGGCCCAGAGCAUCAACAAGUCCCUCUCGGCGCUGGGCGACGUGAUCGGGGCGCUGACGACGGGGGUCAAGCACAUCCCCUACCGCAACCACGCGCUGACCAUGAUGAUGAGCGACUCCCUGGGCGGGAACAGCAAGACUCUCAUGUUUGUCUGCGCGUCCCCCGCAGACUACAACGCCUCCGAGACUCUCAACGCCCUCCAGUUCGCCGCACGGUGCAAGAGCGUUACUAACUCUACCGGGCCCGGCAGCGGAGGCGCGGCGGCGGCAGCGCAGGUGCAGGCACUGAGAAGGGAGCUGCAGAAGCUUAAAGGGGGAGACGGGGGGGGCAACGAGGCCGCGAAGAAGCCUACUCAGCUCGCCAGACCGUUGUAG